AUGUCAAGAGAGGGACAUAGAAUUAGAUAUAAAGAAUAUAAAUGUACAUUUCCAGGAUGUAAUGAACCAGCAAAAACAAAAUACAAUUGUAUUUCACAUGUUUGGGAUGGACAUUUAAAAUUAUUACCACAUGAAUAUCAUGGAAUUGCAUAUAAAAGUUUACCUGAAGAAAAACGAAAAGAAGUUAAAUCAAAGUGUUUAGAAUAUAUCACAUUUGUAACUGAUACAGUUAAUCAACGAAAAAGAAAACCCUAUAAAACUGGAUUAGGUGAUACUAUUGAAAGUUCUAAAGAAAUAGAAAAUAACAAUCAAAUCAUAUCAAUUACACCAUUAUGUAAUGAAGAUUUUAUAACAAUUCAAAGUGUUAAUAAGAAUAUUAAAAGAUUAUGUAUCGCAGGUGAAUUAUUUAGUGAAGCAGGGUUUUUCCAAAGAAGUGAUCAAAGAAAUAAAAAUGAAAUUCAAAAAAUUACUGGAGCAUUAGAACAACUUAAAAAUGUUGUAGGAUAUUCUUUUGUUUAUAAAAAUGAUGAAAAUCAUCAAAAAUAUGGAUUUAUGGCUCAAGAACUACAAGAAAUAUAUCCUAACACAGUUAAAGUACUUCCUGAUGGAACAUUAAGUAUUGAUACUGUUGCGUUACUUCCUUAUAUUGUAUCAUCUUUAAAAGAAUUAUAUACUUCUAUAACAGAAUUAAAUAAAGUAACUGAAAUUACACAAAAAAUUAAAGAUAUUCUUAAAGAAGUUUUAGAACCACAAGAAAUAGAUGAAAAUGAAUUAUUUAUUGGUAAAUUUGGAUUAGGUCCAAAAAAAAUAAUUUGGUGGAUAGCAAUAAUAUUUACAAUAUUAUCAAUUAUAGAAGUAAUUUGUAUACCAAGUUUUGGAAUGAUUUGGUUUUGGACUAUUGUUGUUUCAUUUAUAAAUUGGUUGUCUUAUUGGAAAAGUGAUUGGAAUGAUGAAGUAAUUAAUAAUAAGUUUAAUAAAGAAAUUAUUAUUAAUAUUAUUACUAGAUGGUAUGUAAUUAUUUCAAUUGGUUUAAUAGCUUUUUCAAUGACAUUUUUAAUGGGAUCUACAUUACAAAUUUAUAUGAGUAUUGUUAUUGCUUUUAAUUCAUUAAUUGUUGGACUCACUUUUUAUGAUAUAACAAAGAAAUUAGCAGGUUAUUUAAUGAUAUUUUCAAUUAUUCUCGCAUUACUAUUAUUGAUUAUUUUAAGCUUUAUACAACCUUCAUAUUCUUGUCUUCUUUCUUCAAGAAAACUUAAUCAUUCUAAUCGUUACGUUUUUAUUAAAGAACAACCUCCAUGGAAUUGUAUGGCUCCUUCAUUACAUUCAAAUUCAUCUUCACUUAUUGUUGAUUAUACCAAACCAUUCUCUUUAAAAGCAAUUGACUUUGGAGUAACAGCACGUGUUGAAUUGAAAUGCGAGAAUGGUAUUUCAUUUACGUGUGGAAAUGUUGAAUUGGAAUCUUCAUUCUAA